GAUGGCUGCGCCCUUGAAAACGUUUGGCAGGAAAGUUUUAUGUGGUUAUUGUCAUGUUCUACACAAAGGACUGUUGUGUAGAAUCGUCGCAUCGAGUCCAAGUUCUCUUGUUUCAGGUUCUCGUGGCUACAGUGCUGGUUCUGAAGAAAAAAGCACGCAUUUCGGUUUCGAAACGGUGCCCGAGGGACAGAAAGCGGAGAGAGUGUACAAAGUUUUCGAGAACGUGGCUCAGAAGUAUGACGUAAUGAACGAUGCCAUGAGCAUGGGGAUCCACCGACUGUGGAAGGACACCCUGUUGCACAUCAUGAACCCUCAGCCUGGAAUUCGACUGCUGGACACCGCUGGGGGCACAGGUGAUAUCUCCUUCCGCUUUCUGGACUAUGUGCAGUCCCAGCGCGACCGGCAGCGGAGGCGUGCGGCCCGCACCAACCAGACCGUCUCCUGGCAGCAGAUCGCGGCAAACUACACGUCCAGUGACACGGGGCCAGGGGAGUCGAGGGCGGUGGUGUGUGACAUCAACAAGGAGAUGCUGAAAGUGGGGAAGCAGCGAGCGGAGCAGCAGGGCUACAACACGGGCCUGUCCUGGGUUGUGGGGGAUGCAGAGGAGCUACCAUUCGAUGACAACCAAUUUGACGUGUACACCAUCGCUUUUGGGAUCCGUAAUGUUACCCACAUCGAGCAGGCUCUGCAGGAGGCACUCCGUGUUCUAAAACCUGGUGGCCGGUUCAUGUGUCUGGAAUUCAGCAGGGUUUCAAACCCCCUGCUGUCCAGAUUCUAUGAUGCCUAUAGCUUCCAGCUGAUUCCAGUGUUAGGGGAAGUCAUUGCAGGAGACUGGAAGUCUUAUCAGUAUCUAGUGGAGAGCAUCCGGCGCUUCCCGGACCAGGAGACAUUCAAAGGCAUGAUCGAGGAUGCUGGCUUCUUCCGGGUGCAGUACUUCAACCUGACUGGCGGAGUGGUAGCCAUUCACUCAGGCUUCAAACUCUGAGAGCUGCCUUCCCACCACUAUAUGCCACCAUAGCAGGGAUAAGUUGGCCAGGGGCAUUAGCUAUGAGCACACAGCCCAGUCAGAGGGGGAGGAGCAUUUGGACCAGACCUGUCAGUCACAGGCAGGACAAACAUGGUAGCCCUGGCAGCAGUGUUGUGUAAACUAGGAUUUACUCCUGGGAACAUUGUUUCCACUGUGAAGCAAUGGCAUGCAUGGCAUAUGGUGUUCAGUAAAUGUAUUUAUUUGCCUUUCCUGAUGAAGUUUAUGGAAAGUGUAUGUUUUACUCUGCGGAUAUUAAAUAUAUCACAGAGGAUAAGCAAAGUGUACUAGUCCAUUCAGGCUUUCCUCCUGCCAGGAGUAACCGGAGGCCAAACUGUUUCACAACUUGUGAAAAUCUACAAUAUUUUUGCUCUUCUGUCCAGCGUACUGGAACAGGGACUGGGAUUCCUCAGAGAUGGAUUGUUCUGGAUGUUCUCAACCCUGAAGGGGAAUCACACUGCACCAGGAUUUUUACUGAGGGAUUUACAGGGACCCAUUCAAAUCCUUGUUCUGUCAAAUGGAACACUGCUCACCUGGUUUUGAAUAAAAGCAAAUUCUUA